AGGUGGCGGGACAACCAUGGGCAGGGCUGUCACCAUCGCCGCCUGCGCCCUCAACCAAUGGGCUCUGGAUUUUGAGGGCAACCUCGAGAGGAUUUUCAGAAGUAUUGACAUGGCAAAGUGCCGAGGAGCCCGGUACCGGCUUGGUCCAGAGCUCGAGAUCUGUGGUUAUGGCUGCUCGGAUCACUAUUAUGAGUCUGACACGCUCUUGCAUUCAUUUCAAGCUCUGGCAAAACUUUUGGAGUCUCCAGCUACUCAAGAUAUUAUCUGUGAUGUGGGAAUGCCUGUUCUGCACAGAAAUGUUCGCUACAAUUGUCGAGUGAUAUUUUUAAAUAAAAAAAUUCUUUUGAUCAGACCCAAAAUAUCAUUGGCAAAUGCAGGAAACUACAGGGAACUUAGGUGGUUCACCCCAUGGAACAAAGCAAGGCACGUGGAGGAAUAUUUUCUACCCAGGAUAAUUCAGGAAGUGACUGGACAGGAAACUGUUCCUUUUGGGGAUGCAGUGCUAGCAACCAAAGAUACCUGCCUCGGGGCAGAAAUAUGUGAAGAACUCUGGGCACCAAACAGCCCUCAUAUUGAAAUGGGACUUGACGGUGUGGAAAUUUUCACUAAUUCCUCUGGGAGUCACCAUGUGCUGCGGAAGGCUCACACCCGUGUGGAUUUGGUGAAUUCUGCAACAGCAAAGAAUGGUGGAAUAUAUAUUUUAGCUAACCAGAAAGGCUGUGAUGGUGAUCGGCUGUAUUAUGAUGGCUGUGCCAUGAUUUCAAUGAAUGGAGAAACAAUUGCGCAAGGAUCCCAGUUUUCACUCGAUGACGUGGAGGUGCUGGUUGCCACUCUGGACUUGGAGGAUGUUCGAAGUUACAGAGCAGAGAUUUCAUCUCGUAACUUAGCGGCAAGCAAAGUGCACCCUUAUCCCAGAGUAAAAGUGAAUUUUGCUCUGUCAUGUUCUGAUGAUGUCGCUGUACCUACUUGUAUGCCAAUUCAGUGGAGACAUCAUAGUCCCGAGGAGGAGAUCAGCCUUGGUCCUGCAUGUUGGCUUUGGGACUAUUUAAGGCGCAGCAAACAGGCAGGAUUUCUCUUACCUCUUAGUGGUGGAAUUGACAGCUCUGCUACAGCUUGCAUAGUAUACUCCAUGUGUCACCAGGUGUGCCUGGCAGUCAAGAAUGGAAAUGCAGAUGUGCUGGCUGAUGCACGCAGGAUUGUGAAUGAUGAGACCUAUGUCCCUGAGGACCCUCGAGAAUUUUGCAAGCGUAUCUUUACCACUUGCUACAUGGCUAGUGAGAACUCCUCCCAGGAUACUUGCAACAGGGCUAAGCUUCUGGCUGAGCAAAUAGGCAGCUAUCACAUCAAUCUGAACAUAGAUGCGGCUGUGAAAGCUAUUGUGGGAAUUUUCAGCAUGGUGACAGGUCGAACUCCCUGUUUUUCUGUCUACGGGGGGAGCAGCCGAGAAAACCUGGCACUCCAGAAUGUGCAGGCUAGAAUAAGAAUGGUCCUUGCCUACCUGUUUGCUCAGCUGACGCUUUGGACUCGUGGGAUGCCAGGAGGGCUUCUGGUGCUGGGAUCAGCCAAUGUGGAUGAAAGUCUCCGAGGCUACUUGACGAAGUACGAUUGCUCAAGUGCUGAUAUCAAUCCCAUCGGUGGAAUCAGCAAGGACGAUUUGAAGAACUUCAUACAAUAUUGCAUUGAAAAUUUUCAGCUCACGGCCCUCAGAAGUAUCAUGUCAGCUCCACCGACUGCUGAGUUAGAGCCCCUCGUGGAUGGACAAGUGGCUCAAACUGAUGAGGCAGAUAUGGGGAUGACAUAUGCAGAGCUCUCCAUCUAUGGCAAAUUGAGAAAAAUUGCAAAGGCUGGACCAUACAGUAUGUUCUGUAAGCUGGUUAAUAUGUGGAAGGAAAUUUGUACUCCAAGAGAGGUGGCAUCAAAGGUUAAGCAUUUCUUCAGGAUGUAUUCCAUUAACAGACAUAAAAUGACCACCCUCACCCCUUCCUACCAUGCUGAAAACUACAGUCCCGAUGAUAACCGCUUUGACUUGAGGCCUUUCCUUUAUAACACCACAUGGUCCUGGCAAUUCAGAUGUAUUGAUAAACAGAAGGAAAAGAGCUAAGAGGAGGCUGAGAUUGCUGGGAGUUGCCAGAUUUGCCCUUGGAGUCUUAAUGUCAUUCAGCUCCACUAAGCUGAAAGUUCCACCCGAUGAAAUUACUAGUGGUUAAGAGCAACACCAGGAACUCCAGUAGCACUGUCUGUUGCUUCUGCCAUUGACUUAUGUCUGUGGUAAAGGACGUGUGGUCAGAACAUGCACUUGAACAAUUUCUAUUUGCCAAAAUGUUAACUGGGAUUUUAAUAGCUGGCAUAAUUUGGAGGAGCUGUGACACAGCUCAGAAGAAAGCUGGCACACGUACCCGCAAGGAUUGAGUAUCUAUAGUCCGUUCUGCUUUUUCCAGCGCUUACUGGCCGUACCAGAAGAGUAGCUACAUUUGAUCAACCCAAAAGAUUUAUUGACCUGACUGUUCAUUAGCAUAUCUUCUGUGACCAGUAGCACAUGCUGAACAAAGAACAUAAGAACAUGGAAUUUAUAGUAUGAUGUCCCUGUAUAUCCCCAUAGAUUUAGGGAAUGUAAAACUGAAUUUUCCAGAGCUAGAGAUAAGAUAAUGUGCAGAAUAUUGUGUUUACUUCAUGCUCUUUGUCUGUCCUCCUUGAGUUUGUAGAAUCCUCUCUGAAACUAUUUAUAUUGUUAGUUUUAUCAACAGCUUAGCCUAAUAUAAGGCAAUUCCUUUUCUCAAGUUUUAAGAACAGCGACAGUUUUAUAAAACUCUUUGUGUGCAUCAAAAGCAUUUCCUGUGUUCAUUUUAAUUAUUCUAGGCACACGGUUACAGGCAGGAUUCUGGGCUGUGGCCUGAUCUGAUCUGACAGCUGUCACUGAAAGGGGCAGUCGUGCCUUCCUUCCAGUCUCUUCUGGCUUCAGAGAUGGCUUUGGUGCUUGUCUCACUCCUUAGUCAGCCAAGUGAAGUUGCUAAACUGACAAAAAACUAGGAAGUGAUGGGAGCAUGCAGCCUGGAGGAGGUUUAGGGGUGGGUGGGAAAAAAGUUUGACCUUCUGUUUUGACUGCAACUAACAGUCUGUUCAGCUCAGUUGUCCCCUAGAGUGUAUCCCGCUGUCAGUUCCUGAUAAAUCUGGGCUCUACACUGUUUUUUGAUGGAAGUCUGAAAAGACAGAAGACAUUAAACGCAAACUGAUUUUUACUGUUGAAUUGGUAUCCUUUUCA